AUGGCCAAGUCAAAGGCUGCGGCGGCUGCCCCUGCGCAGCAUGGCUACGAAUUCUUCGGCCCCCCGGGCGCCUUCGGCAUCUCGUUUGGCCUGCCUAUUCUCGUCUACGUCUUCACCUUUGCCUGCAACGACAUCUCAGGCUGCCCAGCGCCGUCGCUCCUGAGUCCGAAGACGCUGUCGCUCGACCGCCUCAAAGUCGAGGUUGGGUGGCCGAAGGAGGGCAUUGCUGGUCUCGCUAGCUGGGAAGCAACCGCUGCCGUUCUGGGAUACUACCUGGUCAAUCUUAUCCUCUAUCGCGUGCUGCCCGCGACCGAGGUGGACGGCACCGUCCUCGCGUCAGGUGGGCGCCUCAAGUAUCGCUUCAACACUCUGUACUCGAACACGGUCACUCUAGCUGCGCUCGCUGCCGGGACUUUCGCUCAGGGGGCUGAAUUCCCCGUGUGGACCUUUAUCGACCAGCACUAUGUUCAGAUAUUGACAGCCAAUAUUGGCAUUUCCUAUGCCAUCUCCACGUUUGCCUACGUGCGCAGCUUCAGCGUCAAGGCUGGUGACAAGCAGAACCGGGAGCUUGCCGCCGGUGGCCACUCGGGCAACCUCUUGUACGACUGGUUCAUCGGCCGCGAGCUCAACCCUCGCGUCACCAUCCCCCUGAUCGGCGAGGUAGACAUCAAGGAGUGGUGCGAGCUGCGCCCCGGCAUGAUGGGCUGGAUCAUCCUCAACUGCGCGUGGUGCGCCCGUCAGUACCGCAACUUCGGCUUCGUCACGGACAGCAUCGUGUGCAUCACUGUGGUGCAGGCGCUGUACAUCGUCGACUCCUGGUGGAACGAGCCCGCUAUCCUGACGACCAUGGACAUCACCACCGACGGCUUCGGCAUGAUGUUGGCCUUUGGUGACCUGGUCUGGGUGCCGUUUGUGUACUCGAUGCAAACGCGGUACCUUUCUGUCCACCCACGGUCGCUUGGGCCGCUGGGCUUGGUCGCUAUGUUGUCGCUCAUCGGCGCCGGCUUCUACAUCUUCCGUUCCGCCAACAGCCAAAAGAAUGCCUUCCGGACGAACCCCAACGACCCGGCGGUGGCGAACCUCAAGUACAUCCAGACCAAGACGGGAAGCAAGCUGCUGACCACGGGCUGGUGGGGUGUUGCGCGUCACAUCAACUACCUGGGCGACUGGAUCCAGUCGUGGCCGUACAGCUUGCCAACGGGUCUCGCGGGAUACCAGAUCCUCACGGCUGGUACGGGGGCCGAGGGUGCGUACGUGAUGCGGGACGGCCGCGAGGUGGCGCAGGGCUCGGCCAAGGGCUGGGGCAUGCUGUUCACGUACUUUUACAUUGUCUACUUUGCCAUCCUGCUCAUCCACCGCGACCGGCGCGACGACGAAAAGUGCCACCGAAAGUACGGCGAGGACUGGGAAAAGUACAAGAAGGAGGUCCGGUGGCGCAUCGUGCCAGGCAUCUAUUAG